CUAUUAAAUGGGAACAAAACUAUUUCUGGAAAAGUUCUCCUUCAGAGAGGAUUCAACUUCUUGAACAUCACUUCCGCAGCAUGAGAGUGAGAGGAAUCAGAUUUCCCCUAGAAGGACAAAAGUUUCAGUGACCCUAGAUUCCCUGCACCCACUUUGGAAUUUUUAGAAUUUUUUUUACCCCCACUUUAUUCCCAUUCUGAGCUCUUUAUCUACCCAAGCCUCUUCCUCUGUCAUGGUAUUACAAAUUUCCUAGCAACUUCUCCUCCUGGUUGCAUGCAACAAUGACCAUGCCAAUGCCAAGGCCUAGUCAUAAACUAGGCUUCCUUUGUGGAUUUUUGACUGUUCAUCUUUGCUUUAUCCAUCAGGGUUCUGCACAGAGGACAUGCCCAAACUGUGGCUCCAUGAGCAUCCCCUACCCUCUGAGUACCAAUCCCGCCUGUGGCAAUCCGGAUUACUCGCUCCGCUGUGAUCCUGGGUCUGGAAAACUGUACUUCGUCUCGCUCAACGGAAGCUCCUAUCUGGUGAACCGGAUCAUAGCUUCCUCUCAACGGAUGGUCGUGCAACCAUCGCCCUGGACUGGCAGCUCAUGUGUUACUCGCGACGCGCUAGUCAGCGAAGGCCUCUGGUUGAAUCAAACUCUCCCCUUCAACAUAACUUCGUCGAACACGAUCUUUUUAUUCAACUGCUCACCCCGGCUCCUUGUCUCUCCUCUCAACUGCACUUCCUCGAGUCUCUGCCACCGCUACCUGGAGAGCUCGGGACAUAUCGACAAAGCGCGAGCAGCUCAGUGUGCCGGCGGUCUGGACCCGUGUUGCACCUUCGUUGCUGGCGGCUUGCCUUCUGCUUACAAGAUCCGGCUCCACAGUUCGGGCUGUCGGGCAUUCAGGAGCAUCCUUCAUUUGGACCCUUGUAAACCGCCCAAUCAGUGGGAAGAGGGUCUCGAAGUACAGUGGGCUCCUCCACCUGAACCUCUCUGUAGAUCGCAGCUGGAUUGCUCUCGAAACUCCCAGUGCUUGAGAGUUGCACCAGAUGGUCCCUUACGCUGCCUCUGCAAUAAAGGAUACUUUCGCGACCGUGCUCUAGGGACUUGCUUGAGGACGAAGAAGCAUAGUUAUUCCACCCUCAGCAUAAAGAUAUCAACCGGUGUAAUUUGCUUUCUUUGCCUAACCACAGUAGCAGCUGCCAUCACCCUAAGAAAGUCCCGCAGGCUAUCUAGUAGGGCGAAACUGGCCAAGGCGAGAGAAGAUAUGUUGAAGUCGAACAAUUGCGGGAAAUCUGCUAGGAUGUUCAGCUUGAAGGAGGUGAAGAAAGCAACUAGCAAUUUCUCGAGAGACCGGCUCUUGGGAAGCGGCGGAUUCGGAGAGGUCUACAGAGGCGAGCUUCCAGACGGGACUCUCGUGGCCAUUAAGUCGGCCAAAGUGGGGAAUAUCAAGAGCACACAGCAGGUACUGAACGAAGUCGGGAUACUAUCUCAAGUCAAUCACAAGAACCUAGUUAAGCCCCUCGGUUGUUGUAUGGAAGCCGACGUUCCGCUGAUGGUUUAUGAGUAUAUCGCGAAUGGGACGCUCCAUGACCAUUUGCAUGGAAAGAGGUCGACAUUUUUGGACUGGACGACGAGGCUUAAAAUUGCUCUGCAAACUGCAGAGGCGCUAGCUUAUCUCCAUUCUGCAGCAUACACGCCCAUUUACCACAGAGAUGUCAAAUCCACAAAUAUCUUGUUGGACGAUGAAUUCAAUGCGAAAGUUGGAGAUUUCGGGCUCUCGAGGCUUGCCGAGCCAGGUCUUAGCCACGUCUCGACUUGUGCUCAAGGGACAUUAGGCUAUUUGGACCCGGAGUACUACCGCAACUACCAGCUGACCGACAAGAGCGACGUGUACAGCUUCGGCAUUGUGCUGCUCGAGCUGCUGACCUCACAGAAGGCAAUUGACUUCGCUCGGGACGACGAUGAUGUCAACUUGGCCAUCUUUGUUAGCCAAAGAGCUAAGAGUGGGGAUCUGAUGGAAGUUGUAGACCGGAAGCUGCUUGUGACGGAACCCUCUACCGAUAUAUUGAACAGUGUGAGGCUCUUCUCAGAGCUGGCAUUCGCCUGUCUCGGGGGGAGAAAGCAGGACAGACCAAGCAUGAAGGACGUUGUCAAAGAACUCCAGUGCAUCAUUCAACCGGAAUGUCAAGCCGAAUGGCAUAGCGUUCCGGUGACGACGGGACAGCAAUCAUCGGAUGGACCCUAAUCUGAUGCUCUUUUUUCUGCGCCAUGCCAACCGGACGUUGCUAUCUCGGAUAUUCACACCAGAAAAAGAGAUGGAGCGUCGCUGAUGCGGGCGGAAACGACGACGCCGAGCGGUUUCAGGAAUAUAGAUUCGGUGGGUCAGGGAGGGAAAAUGAGGGAAAGUUAAGGGAUCAGAUGCCAAGCUUUGAGCAGAAAGUAGGAUCCAUGGAAAUGGGGACCUGUGGAUCUCAUUUGAGAUUGGUGGAAUCUUUUGAGGAUCUUGUAACUUUAGCAUUUGUAAAAG